AUGGAUGGAGAUACAAGCUUUCUGUCAGUACCAGUUUUCAAUGGUGAUAAUUAUCAAGCAUGGGCUGUUAGAAUGACAGUCCACCUUGAAGCUUUGGAUAUUUGGGAGGCAGUAGAAGAAGAUUAUGAAGUACCACCACUUGGAGACAAUCAAAGUAUCAAUCAAAUGAAGAUUCACAGGGAAAGAAAAACAACGAAAGCGAAAGCCAAGGCCUGCCUCUUCUCCGCAGUUUCACCUUCCAUUCUCACCAGAAUCAUGCAAAUGGAGUUUGCUGCAGAAAUCUGGGAGUAUCUAAAAAAUGAGUACCAGGGGAAUGAAGGGGUGCAGAAUAUGCAGGUGAAACGGGACAAGUUGGAUAAAAAGGCAGAAGUCGGGAUUUUUGUAGGAUACAACAGCCAAUCAAAGACUUAUAGAGUCUAUAUGCCUCAUGCUGACAAAGUCAUUGUUAGCAGAGAUGUCAAAUUCAUGGAGGAUGAUAAAUGGAGUUGGGAUGCUAAAAAAAAUCAGAAUUUUAAGUUUCUUGAUGAAAAUAUUGAUGACAUUCCCUUAAGAGGCACCAAAUCACUUUCUAAUAUUUAUCAAAGGUGUAAUGUGGCUGUGUUUGAGCCUGUAGGUUUUAAUGAAGCCGUUGAGGAUAAAAAAGGGAGGGUUACAAUGCAGGAGGAACUCAACAUGAUAGAGAAAAACAACACUUGGGAGCUAGUUGACAGACCAACACAUAAAAAGGCCAUUGGUGUCAAGUGGGUUUAUAGAACCAAACUCAAUUCUGAUGGUUCUGUAAACAAACAUAAAGCCAAGUUGGUUGUCAAAGGUUAUGCUCAAAUGUUCGGUGUGGAUUUUUCAAAAACCUUUGCACCUGUAGCAAGGUUGGAUACAAUAAGGAUGUUGCUAGUUUUGGAUACUCAAAAGGGUUGGAAAAUCUAUCAGCUAGAUGUAAAAUCAGCUUUUCUAAAUGGCUACCUUAAGGAGGAAAUCUUUGUGGAGCAACCUGAAGGAUUUGCAGUAAAAGACAAAGAAGACAAGGUUUAUCAACUAAAGAAAGCCUUGUUUGGCUUGAAGCAAGCCCCUUGA